AUGACAAGUAAAAAAACAAAUGAAGUGCUAAAUAUGAAUCAAAAGGAAUCUGUACUUUCUGAAGAAGAUCAAAAGUAUCACGAUUCAUUUUUAGCAUUGAUUGAAAGAAAUCAAAUCCCUUUGUCAAGAAACUUGUUGAUUUUAUUAUAUUCUUUACAUUUUUUCACCAAGAAUUCCAAUAUAAUCCAUCAGUACACUACAAAAUUCAUCAAAUUGCAAAAUGCCAUUGGAUUUGAUGAAACUACUGGUAAAAUGAUUUAUGACAUUGAUAUAAGUGAUGCCUUUAAUGUGUUUCAUUGGAUUAUUGUUAUUACUUUCUUAAGAUCAUUUUUAAUGAAAUAUUGUUUUGAACCAUUUGCUUCUAGAUUCUGUGACAUUCAUAGUAAAAAGGCUAAAACUAGAUUUGCAGAACAAAGUUGGUCUUUCACUUAUUAUACAUUUAGUUUUAUCUAUGGGGUUUAUCUCUAUUGGCAUUCUCCUUAUUUCAAUAAUUUAGAUCAAGUUUAUAUCAAUUGGCCAAAUCAUUCUAUGUUUUUUGAAUUUAAAAGUUAUUAUUUGAUAUCUAUGGGUUUUUGGUUGCAACAAAUUUUUGUUUUAAAUGUUGAAAAACCAAGAAAAGAUCAUUAUCAAAUGUUUAGUCACCAUAUUAUCACUUGUUUAUUAAUGGUUGGGUCCUACUACUAUUAUUUCUAUAGAAUUGGUCAUUUGAUUUUGAUGUUGAUGGAUAGUGUUGAUAUUGCCUUGAGUGGCGCUAAGAUGUUGAAGUAUGCUGGAUUCCCGACUGCUUGUGAUGCUAUGUUUAUUGUAUUCUUGGUCAGUUGGAUUGUUUUGAGACAUGGUCUUUAUAAUUAUAUUUACGUCCACACUUGGAACAAUGCUACUACUUUGAUGGCCUCUGGCAGAUGUGUUGAAGGCUACACACAAAAGAGAUGUUGGACCCCUGCUCUUAUUGAUUACUUUAUGGGUUUAUUAGGUGGUUUACAAAUUAUCACCUGUAUUUGGAUGUAUUUGAUUCUUAAAGUUGCUUACAAGGUCAUCACUGGUAAAGGUGCCGAAGAUGUCAGAAGUGAUGAAGACGAUACUGAUAUUGAAUCUGUCAACGAAGCCGAGGAAGCAGACUGCGAAGAUGAGGAAGAAGUGCAGAAGAAUGUUGUCGAUGAAGAUGAUGAAGAUGAUGAAAUCGAAGAAGAAGAAUUAUUUGAUGAAGAAAAGAUAAUCGAUGAUAGAGAUUCUCUCAGUUCUUCAUCAGAAACUACUCUUGAUGAAAAGAAAGAGAGAAAAGCAUAA